AUGAGCACUACCAUGAACGAAAGAAGCUUUUGUCGCGAAAGCGAAAGCGCAGCAGAUGAACCCAUUGCCAUUGUGGGCAUGGGCAUGAGAUUACCCGGAAACGUUCACACCGCAGAUGAGUUCUGGCACAUGCUCGUCUCCGGAAAAAGCGGGCAUGGCCCUGUUCCCAAUAGUCGGUAUAACGCGAAUUCCUUUUUUCACCCCUCUACCGCCCCGGUGACCGGAUACUUCUUGGAGGAGGACCCUGCGUACUUUGAUGCCGGAUUCUUCUCCGUUGGUGCCAGAGAGGCCAGGCUCAUGGAUCCCCAGCAAAGGUUGCUCCUUGAAGUAGUGUGGGAGUGCCUCGAAGACUCCGGCGAAACCAGUUGGCGCGGAAAGGACAUAGGCUGCUUUGUCGGAGUGUUUGGGGAGGAUUGGCUGGAGUUGUCUCUCAAGGGACUAGACCCCUGUCCAGAUCGCCAUCUUGCCCUGGCUACCGGAGGCUUUGCCUUGUCAAACCGAAUCUCAUAUGAAUUUGACUUUCGUGGGCCGAGCAUGACUAUACAAACCGGAUGCUCCGCUUCACUGGUCGGCUUGCACGAGGCUUGUCAAGGUCUUCGCUCUGGGCAAUGCUCCUCUGCCAUCGUUGCUGGCACCAACCUUAUAUUGACACCGACGAUGACAAGCGUCAUGAACCAAAACGGUGUUCUGUCGCCUUCGGGUGAGUGUCAAACUUUUGAUGCCAAUGCGGACGGGUAUGGGCGUGGAGAGGCAAUUAAUGCAGUCUAUAUCAAGCGCCUCAGCGACGCCCUGAGAGAUGGCGACUGUGUUCGUGCGGUAAUACGAUCCACGGCCGUCAAUUUUGACGGGAGGACGGCGGUCAUGACUAACCCCAGCGGAACCGCGCAAGAGGCGCUCAUACGAACUGCAUACAAACAGGCCCAGAUACAUAAAAUCUGCGACACGGGCUUUUUCGAAUGCCAUGGGACCGGUACGUCGGCUGGAGAUUCGGUUGAGACGUCAGUUGUGGCCAAGCUCUUCGAGGGCCAUGGCGUACUCAUGGGUAGUGUCAAGCCAAACUGUGGUCAUUCCGAGGGGGCUUCGGGUCUCACUAGCAUCAUCAAAGCAACCCUUGCCCUUGAACACCGCACCAUCCCACCAAACAUCAAUUUUCAUGAGCCCAAUCCCGCUGUCCAGAAGGAAGGCUCCGGAAUUGAGGUUCCAGUGAAAGCCCACCCAUGGCCAAAUGACCGCCAGGAACGUGUGAGUAUCAAUUCAUUUGGUAUAGCCGGAGCCAACGCGCAUGCCAUCUUGGACUCGGCGGCUGCAUUUGGGGUACAGAAGAUGUCCCACCCGGAAUCAGACCGUCCGCACCUCGUAGUGGUUUCUGCUCACAACAAAGAGUCCUUACAACGUCGCAUAGAAGACAUAGCAGGCUAUAUAACCUCUAAUCCCACGAGCGUUCACGACUUGGCAUAUACAUUAGCAUCACGACGGGAGCAUCACAAUCAUCGGGCAUUCGCGGUGGUCUACCCGAACACGCCAGUGGACCAGUCCCAAUUUCACAUGUCACCAAAGACACUUCCCUCUCCUACGUUAACGUUCGUGUUCACUGGACAAGGGGCGCAAUGGGCGGGAAUGGGUAGGCAGCUUCUCGAAACUGAGCCUCUAUUCCAUAAUGCGAUUAAGCAGAUGGAUAAGGUGCUUCAGAACUUGGCAGAGCCGCCAGAAUGGUCAUUAAUUGAGGAACUAUCACGCAUGGGCACUGAGUCGCGUGUCAAUGAAGUCGAGCUAGCCCAGCCACUGUGCACUGCCCUACAGCUCGGUUUGCUCCAGAUCCUCGCACACUGGGGUAUUCAACCGAGCACUGUAGUUGGUCAUUCUAGCGGUGAGAUUGCUGCAGCCUGCGCAUCAGGUGCGAUAACAGUUGAAUCAGCUAUCAUUAUUGCAUUCUACCGUGGAAGACUGGCCAAGUUACAGGAGGGCUCCGGUGCAAUGGCAUCUAUUGGAUUGAGCCAUGAGGAAGUUCUACCGUUCCUCGUCAACGGGGUGGUCGUCGCUUGUGAAAACAGUCCUCGUAACGUGACGAUUUCAGGACCCAAGGAGCAGAUUCCCCAGGUAAUCAGUAAUAUUACCGCGGCUUUUCCGGGAACUUUCUGUCGAAAGCUGCGUGUCCAGGUUGGCUACCAUUCUCCGCAAAUGGAGAAUAUCGGAACGUCAUAUGAAGAUGCUCUUGUACCUCAUAUGAAUCCAGGACCACAUAUGCGACCAAUGAUUUCUACUGUCACUGGGGAUAUCAUUGCUGAUCCUUCUCAACUCGGACCAAGCUACUGGCGUCGGAAUCUUGAAUCUCCUGUUCGUUUUUCAAAGGCAGUAGAAAUGCUUCUCCAGAAAGAGACGGAGGGUAGCCAGCUAUUCAUAGAAGUCGGACCACAUUCCGCUUUAUCUGCGCCUCUUCGGCAGAUAUUUCAAGUUGCUCCUCGGUCACCUCCCGUGUACAUACCCACCCUUACACGCAACGAUGACCACCAACAAUCCCUGCUGCUCGCAACUGCUGGACAUGUGUUCAACACAGGGUCUUUUAUCAGCUUUCUCAUGAUUGUGGAAGCCGGUAGACUCCUCAGCGAUAUCCCGCGCUUUCCAUGGACGCAUACUGACAUGUACUGGAGCGAGGGUAGACCAAGUCGCGAUUGGCGGCUACGAUCACUCCCUCACCAUGAGCUACUUGGCUCGAUGAUAAUGGAAGCCACAACCCAGGAACCAUCAUGGAGAAAUGUGCUGCGGCUAGAUGACGUGCCAUGGCUGUCGGACCAUGUCCUGCACGGCGAGGUCGUCUUCCCAGCUGCCGGGUAUAUUGCCAUGGCCGGCGAAGCCAUUAGGCAGUUGAAUAUCCUCGAUAGCCAAUCAGAAUCUAGUUUGGACCGUUAUACGAUACAGAGCAUUCGGUUUGAGUCUCCCCUAAUUUUAGCCAGCGAUGCUUCGGUUGAGGUUAUUUCAAGCCUCAAGCCAAUUGAGCUGGCAGACGGCGUCAUGUCCGGGUGGUACAGCUUUUCUGUAUCCACAUUCGACGGGGCUAAAUGGACGGUGCACUGCAGGGGCUGCGUACGUGCAGGCAGUGACUGCCCUAUUUCUGCUAAUAGUAGAGAGGUCAGCCCCUUGCCCAGAGUAGUGGAACCCUUACGGUGGUACCGCACAGUCCAGCGAUGUGGAUUGCAAUACGGUCCUCACUUCCAGCGUCUGCAGAACAUAACCGCAGAUCCAAUUGACAAUGCUGCAGCUGCCACUGUAUACCAGCCUGAAAUGCAGAAAGGCACCCACUACCCUCUCCAUCCUGCUGUGAUCGACCAAGCCCUUCAGCUAAUCGGUAUAGCUGCAUCAAGAGGAAGGUUGCACACCAUUUCGGGCGCCUUUAUUCCCGCCAAGAUUGAGCGCCUUGUCGUGGAUAACAGGACAUGGUCACGGGUUUCUUUCGAAGCUCGGACUUUUGAAGAUAAAGAAAAAGGGCAGCAGGCAAAGAUCAUCGGUAUCACUGAGGGCCAGGCAAUUUUUAGCCUCGAAGGCGGAGUCCUGGCUGGCCUAGCAGGGUCUAACAAGACAAGGGCGGAUGACACCGACCUACUUUCAAGAAUACAUUGGAAGCCAGAUAUCGACUUACUGGCACCUGACAAGAUCCUGCCUCCGCAUCCCAAUCGUGGACAUGCCACCCACCGUAGGAUUCUUGGGCUCCUUUCUCUGAUACACAUUCGAGCCACAGCUGAGCGAAUUGAACAUAUCGAUUCAUCCACCGGGCAUCUAUUGAAAUGGAAAUCUUGGAUGCUCUCGGAGGCCGCUAAGAUUCGCGCCGGCGUGCAUGCAAAUCUGCAGCCACUCUCAAGUUGGAUCGAGGAAGUACAGCCGGAGACGCAGGAUGUCCUUCUCCGUGCAGUGAAAGAAGCUCUGGUACCUUCGUCAGCCAUACUCAGCGACGGGCUGUCUACUACCUGUGAAGGUCUAAGUCAGUGGAAUUAUAUACCUCCAGCUGAUUUGUUAGAGAGAAUCUACAACUGCCUUGAGAGUAUACCGGCCGACCUCCCCGGUCUGGCCAUCAUUGAAUGUAUGAGGGCAGUCUACAAAAAUGCUGUCGAUUUCAUGUCUGGAAAAUGCUCCCCGCUAGAGGUACUCGUGGCCAGCAAUAGACUGGAAAGGUUUUACGAAGACACAGUGUCCCGGCAGACUGAUCUGACGGAAAUUGGCGCCGGAACAGGCUCUAUGAGCGAAAUGGCGCUCUCUUCUUUGAGGUCUCCGACUGGCGCACAGCUAUUCUCUCGCUAUGUCUUCACAGACAUUUCCGCGGGAUUCUUCGUCACUGCCCAAGAGAAGUUCAAGGGGCAGGCCAAUAUGGAAUACCGAACAUUGGAUAUCACACGUGAUCCAACGAAACAAGGUUUUGAGGAGCACAGCUUCGACCUGAUCAUCGCUUCCAACGUUAUGCACGUCGCUCCAAAUCUGCAUGAGGCUUUGCUACAUACCAAAAAGUUGCUUGCUAAGAAUGGGCGCUUCCUGCUACAGGAGAUUGAUUCGGAUACACCUGUUACAGACUACGUGGUGGGUGCGCUUCCUGGCUGGUGGUUGGGUGAAAACGAUGGACGCCCCGACAAACCUUACAUCUCAGGGGAGGAAUGGAACAAGAAGCUUCGUGCAGCUGGAUUUACUGGAGGCGAGACAAUCGAGCGCGAUCUCGAGGGUUCGGUUCAGCCGUUAUUCACCAUCAUCUCUAGGCCUGUUCAGGAGCCAAUCACUGACAGAGAGGUAACUAUCCUGGCGUCUAACCCGGAAGAGGCAGGAUGGCCUGGAGAUGUGGCAGCGUGUUUCCGAAGAAGGGGCUAUGAAGUCCACUGGUCAACCUUGGAUGGCUCGCCCUGUAAUAAUCAGAACAUCGUUUCGCUACUGGAGGUUGACAGUCCAUACUUCACUCAGUCUUCCCAGGAAGAAUUUUUGGUUCUCCAGCGCUUCCUAAUGCAGAGUAAGGGAUGCAGAAUAUUAUGGGUGGCGCAGCCAAGUACACUUAGCUGCACGGAUCCGCGCUUCAGUAUUAUCCAUGGUCUUGCUCGGGUACUGAGACGCGAACUACUGCUUGAUCUCUCACUCUUGGAGAUGGACACCGAUGGAAAGCCUGCACCCGAGACAAUAAUUGACUUGCAUGAGAAGAUUCAGCAGGCUCGCGAAAUACCAGAUACUGAUCUGGAGUACGAGUUCAUUCUAGACGGUGGCGUUGUUCACACCGCUCGGUCCUAUCGAACAUCCCUGUCGGAUCAGCUCACGACGCAUCCUCCCAUAGAUACACCACGGAAGUUGGGAAUCCAGCAAGUUGGUCUGACUAGUACACUGCAGUGGGUACCUGGUGUAGUGCCUCUACAAUUAGAGAGUGGAGAGGUUGAGGUUGAGAUGAGCUACGUGGGGCUGAACUUCAAGGACACUUUGGUUGCCAUGGGACUUAUAGGGAACCCAAACGAUAUGGGUCUAGAAGCAACCGGAGUGGUGCGUCGAGUUGCUCCGGAUGUCAUUGACCUGGCCCCUGGGGACCGCGUUGGGGCAAUGGGGACCGGGUUAUUCUGCAACCGUACGGUUCUACGUCGAGAGGCUCUUUCGAAGUUACCAGAUAGCCUUGCUUUGGAAGAUGGUGCAGCUAUGCUGACAGUCUAUUCCACGGUUAUUUACUCGCUAAUGCAGGUUGGGAACCUCCAAAAGAAACAGUCGGUCCUCAUUCACUCCGCUGCAGGUGGGGUUGGUAUCGCAGCCAUAAAUAUUUGCAAAAUGCUCGGUGCUACGAUUUACGCCACAGUUGGAAACGAAGAGAAGGCAGAGUACCUUGUCAACACCCAUGGGAUUCCCAGAGCGCAGAUCUUCCACUCCCGCAAUACAUCAUUCCUGCCGGAUAUUAUGCGGGCUACUAAUGGACGUGGAGUCGACAUCGUCCUCAACUCACUAAGUGGUGAGUUACUACAUGCAUCCUGGGAAUGUGUGGCAGCCUAUGGGAAAAUGAUUGAAAUUGGACGACGAGACAUUCUAUCCCAUGGAAUGCUCAGUCUGAGCCCGUUUGCCGAAGACCGCUCGUUCCAUGCGGUGAACCUUGCGAACGUCAGUCGGGAUCGUCCUGAUAUAGCGAUAAGCACAGUGAGGACAUGCUUCGGGCUUUUCCAGAAAGGCCAGAUCCGACCCAUUCGGCCUAUUCAUGUUUUUGAUACUGCCCAGGUGAAGGAGGCUUUCCGAUACCUACAGACGGGUAAGCAUAUGGGAAAAGUCGUAAUCCAGAUGACACCAGAUCCGGCGCAGUUACCAUGCGCGCCCGUGAAAUCCAAGGCUUCUUUUCCAGCCAAUGCAGCGUAUCUCAUCGUCGGGGGCCUCGGUGGCAUUGGGAGAUCAGUCUCUCGGUGGCUAGUUGAACAUGGGGCUCGCGAGAUAGUGUACCUCUCCCCAUCCGCUGAGAAGGAUGAACAUCGGAAGUUCUUAAAGGAGCUAGAGGUUCAAGGCUGCCGCGUUAGCUGUGUGGCAGGCACUGUUACUGACCCCGCCGAUGUUCAACGAGCAAUCGGAAAGUGUACGAACCGUCUCACUGGCGUCAUCCAGAUGGCAUUGAAUUUGCAGGACCGAACCUUCGAGCACAUGACACCGGAAGAAUGGGAUAGCGGGCUAGCCCCCAAAGUCACCGGCACCUGGAAUCUACACACUGCAACCCAGGGCAUGGACCUGUCAUUCUUUGUCAUGUUCGGUUCGAUCGCAGGCUCCGCGGGGUCCCUUGGUCAGGCUAACUACGCGGCCUCAAACACAUUCCUGACCGGGCUUGCCACAUACCGGAGACAGCGUGGUUUGGCGGCGUCGGUCCUGAAUCUGGGCCCGGUUGAAGAUGUAGGCAUCAUCAGUGAGCGGGCGGACUUUGCCCAAACGACCAGCGUGGCCUCGGCUCAGCCCAUAACAGAACGGGCCGUCCUUGACUCGUUCCAAGUCAGCAUUGAAGACUCCCUUCCAAAUCAGCAGUGCUCGGGAAUACUGGACGUAGGCAUUUCCGACAAAACAGGUAAGAGUGAGAGCGCUCCACUCAUGCGGUUAUGGGGGCGCGAUGCCCGAUUUGCUAUGCACAGCAACUUAGGGCAGGCGUCGAUGGAUGAGGGAAUGGACGGACCUGAGCAUCGGCUGCGCGAAUUCCUUAACAAUGUCCAUCAAGACCCUUCGUUGCUGAAUAAGACUGAGGCGAUUACCGAGUUCAAACGGAACAUGGCUCACCUUAUUGCGGGCACGAUCUCGAAUGGUCGAAAACUGACUGAUGAAGAGGCUGCCGGUUUUGCAAUCGACUCGCUGGUGGCAAUUGAGAUGAGGAGUUGGGUGCGGCGAACUAUUCAUCUUCAUGUCCCGUUGUCUGAAAUCACAAAGGCUGGCAAUUUGGGGUCAUUGGCUGAUCACAUCGUUAAAAUCUUGAGGGCGCAGUAUAAGUUGGGUAGCGUUGGAGAGUAG